AUGAAAAUAAAUAUAUAAUUUUUUUAGGAAAGGGCUUUUCAGACAUUUCCCUAAGAGGUUCCCCCCAAGCGAACCAAAGGAAAUCAACCCAGAUACAGAAAACAAAAGGAUUCCCUCACAACCAUUGUACCUUCCGAAUCCUUCACUUCACUGCUGCCUCCCGAUGCGCACGUUGGCGAGAUUUAUCCUACUUAUUUGUCUUUCUGUCUGAUAUUACUCCAUUCAGGUGGGUGUUUUUCACUCUGAUCGUUUUAAUCUUCCGACUGUGGUUGUCAGCCCGUACAACUCGAAUUCUGUCAGCUCUGUCUUGUUUUCUCUCAGAACAUUCAACAAACACUUGGAGCUCCUAACUUUUUCCACACGAUGUGGAAAGUAUGACCUGAUUUUUUGCGGAUUGUUUCUAGCUAACUACGUUGGAUGGAAGAAUGAGAUCGAAGUUGUGUGCAUUCUCGCUUCUGGGUCGUACGUAUUUCAGUUGGUCUUCUAUUAAAUACGCCUACCAUGUCAAUCUCAGAGCUCUUACCAGUGUUACCAUGGCCUCUGGUUUUAGUUCGUGGCCUACGCGCAUUCAUACUGUUGACGCUGCCACUGUACCGAACUCCAAUAUUGGGAAUUUCUUCUCAUUUGGCUUUUGUUCUCAUUCUUAUGUUUCUUCAAGCUCAAACCACGAUAUUUUGAAUGCAACUCCGGAAGAAUCUUGUCACUAUGCUGCCGAUAAUGAUCAUGAGAGUGGCGAUGAUCAUGAUAAUCUAGAAGAAUGUGAAGAAGAGGACAUGGACAUCAAUGACGAGUGUGUGAUAAAAGAUGUUGAUGCCAUUAUGGAUAUAUUUCGUGGGUUCAGGAAUGUAAAUCGAAUUGAAGUGAAAAAUAAGCUUGAGCAUUGCUUUAUUAAGGUCUCAGGAGAGUUGGUAGUAGCAGUACUUUCUCGAAUCCGUAAUGAUUGGGAAGCAGCUUUCACAUUUUUUGUUUGGGCUGGUAAGCAGCCUGGCUAUGCCCACUCUGUACGUGAAUAUCAUUCAAUGAUUUCAAUUCUUGGGAAAAUGAGAAAGUUUGAUACGGCAUGGGCCUUGAUUGAUGAGAUGAGAGGAGGGACGGCAGGCUCUUCGCUAGUGACACCUCAAACCCUUCUAAUCAUGAUUAGGAGAUACUGUGCUGUUCAUGAUGUUGCAAAAGCUAUAAAUACAUUCCAUGCUCAUAAAAGAUUCGGAUUUAACAUUGGACUAGAGGAAUUUCAAAGCCUUCUCUCUGCCCUCUGCCGAUACAAAAAUGUGAAAGAUGCUGAAUAUUUGCUGUUUUGCAACAAAGAUGUGUUCCCAUUUAACACAAAGAGUUUCAAUAUUAUCCUCAAUGGAUGGUGUAUAAUUGGGAGUCUUCGUGACACCGAGAGAGUUUGGAAGGAGAUGACACGGAGAGGUAUCAGUCAUGAUGCUAUCUCAUAUGCAAGCUCCAUUUCUUGUUAUUCAAAAGUUCGCAACCUUCAUAAGGUGCUCAAGCUUUUUGAAGAUAUGAAGCGAAUGAAAAUUGACCCUGAUAGGAAAGUGUACAAUGCAGUCAUUCACUCUCUUGCAAAAGGUAGGUGUCUGAAAGAAGCGGCUGAUCUCAUAAAAACAAUGGAAGAGAAGGGUAUUAUUCCAAAUGUUGUUACUUAUAACUCAGUUAUCAAACCUUUAUGCAAGGCCAGGAGAUUUGAUGAAGCUAGAGCGGUUUUUGAGGAGAUUUUGCAGCGAGGCCUCUGCCCAACAAUUCAAACUUAUCAUGCCUUCUUAAGAUUCCUGAGAACAGAGGAAGAAAUAUUUGAGCUAUUGAAGAAGAUGAGAACAAUGGGGUGCAAUCCAACUGCUGACACCUACAUAAUGUUGAUCAGAAAGUUUUGCCGAUGGCGCCAGCUUGAUAACGUUUCCAGAAUAUGGCAUGAAAUGAGUGAAAAUGGAAUUAGUCCUGAUCGAAGCUCUUAUAUUGUCUUAAUACAUGGUCUCUUCUUGAAUGGAAAACUAGAAGAUGCACAUAAAUACUAUUUGGAAAUGAAGGAAAAAGAGUUACUUCCUGAACCAAAGAUAGAUGAGGUACUACAAGCUUGGCUUGCUGGUAGGUCAAUGUUUCAAGAGAACCCAUCAGAUUGUUCUGGGGAAGGCAAAAACUCCAGAUUGUUCCCCGAAAAGGAUUUUCACCGACAACCUGAGAUUAUAAAGGGUUCAAGAGAUCGUGGUUUCUCAUUCUGGAGGCAGUAGAGUUUUGAGUCUAUCUUAGCCCAUCAAUCUAGAGGUUCAAAUGGUUUGUUAGGUCCUUAGAGUGAUGACUUUUGUUUUGUCAUCUCACAGUGGUCCUUUUCCUUCGUUAUGCCAUCUUUUAAACCAUUUUACGCAAUACCCUCGAUCUAAGAGGCCGGAGAUUCUAAUCCACAACUUCACAUGCUAUUGAAAUUGGAAAAGAGAAUUGCGAUGGUAAAAGAUGUUAUCAUGUUAUCGGAUUAAGAAAAGAAAACUGCCAAGGACUGUCAAUGGUAAAUUAUGCAACCUUCAGUUUAACUGCUUAAAUACUUUAGGAAGUCAUUUCAAACAUAUUAUAAAUGAGUUGUUAUGCCUGUAACAAGAGUCCUAAGCCACAAUACUAUUCUUUGGUGUGGAGAGGACUAUGGAACAACAAAUUAAUUUGAUUUUUAUCCAGGGUUCAGUGUUCUUGUAAGCACAAAUAUCCUACUCCAAGGGUUUAGGUUUGAUUUCA